CUUCAAAAGGAGUUGGGUCUGAACAUUUCAACAAUAACCUUUCAUUUCAGAGCAAAGACCAACCAUGAUGAUAAUUUUGCUCUUUGUGCUGGCUCUCAUACCCUAUUGUGGAGGGUCAGUUGCCAUCGCAGUCUCCACCACAGCCAAGUGGAGCUCAGCAUCCAAUUCCAGCAAGAUUCUAGCAGAAAAUAAUUGCACAUCACAGCAAGAAUCUUCAUCCCUGACCUACUUGGUGGACACCACAGGUUCUAUGUCUGAUGAUCUCCAACAACUAAAACUGGUCAACGGUUGGCUCCUCGAUCGCGUGCAUGCGCGGUUUCCUUGUGGCGUACGGCAAUAUACCAUGGUGGAGUUCAAUGAUCCAACUGUGGGUCCUGUUAGAGUCACAGAUUCAAAAUCUAUGUUUGGAGACUUCUUCAACAGCUUGGUGGCUUCUGGGGGCGAUGACUGUCCAGAACUAGCAAUGGGUGGGCUUGAACUGGCUCUCCGAAGAUCCCCACCCAACUCUUUCAUUUUAGUGCUAACCGAUGCAUCAGCCAAAGAUAACAAUAACAUGACUAUUGUAAACAAUGUGCGUUCCCUCAUAAACACAACCAAAUCUCAGAUAUUUUUCUUGACCACUGGACUUUGCUCAGAUCUGAACGACCCCCAGUUUCUUAUAUACAGAGAGCUUGCAAAAUUGAGUUUUGGACAUGUUUUCCAAAUAAGCCUUUCUGAUUUAGGCAAGGCCUUUAAUUAUUUGGACUUCGCUCUUUCAAGACCCGCUAACAGCUCCGUUAGACUGUUCUCUGGAGAAUAUAGUGCAGGAAAUCACUCAGACAGUUUUCCUGUUCAGAGUAACUUCACCUCAUUGAUAAUAACCACAGAUGGGUCUAUUUACUCUAUACGAAUUCUCGGGCCAGGCUCUGUUGAUGUUCCGUUAAAAAACAUUGUGUCUGAAAUUUGGGGAUCCAUGUAUGUUGUGAAGUAUCCUGGGAAAGGAAUUUGGAUCUGUUAUAUAUAUGCAGGAGGUCCUCAUUCAAUUCGUGUAGCGGGAUUUACAGCUUCAAACAUUUCAAUCACAACACGGUGCUCAGAAUGCCAUGCCAAUGCAACUUGUGAAGAAACUCUUGGAAUCCUGCAAUGCUCCUGCAAGGAUGGCUUCAUUGGAGAUGGCUUCUCAUGUUCGGAUGUCGAUGAAUGUGCCUACUCCUGGUCAAACAACUGUUCCUCUGGAAUAUGCAAAAAUACCAUUGGCUCUUAUACCUGUGAUUGCAGACCUGGCUACACAAAAUCUCCGGCAAACACUUGUGUAGAUAUCAAUGAGUGUUCUCGUCCAGACCUGAACAAUUGUCACGCUUUAGCAGCAUGCAUAAAUAGUAUUGGCUCAUAUUCUUGUGUGUGCCCAGCUGGCUAUUUUGGCAAUGGGUUCUUUUGUUCAGUUGAUGAGUGUUCGGCAGGUAUGUGUGGAAUAGGAAUGGACUGUAUCAAGAGCAAUGUGUCGUUCUCUUGUUCUGAUCCUUGUUUAUAUCACACUGUGCUGGAUGAGCCUUGGAGGAGCACAACUAAUACAUACUUAACACGAUACAAUUGUGAUACAGAUAAAGUGGGAUGGUACCGCUUUGUAGGUGCUGGAGGUGUACGCAUGCCAGAGAGUUGUGUUCCAGAACUAAGCUGUGAUACACAUGCUCCUAUGUGGAUAAGUGGAUCUCACCCACUGCUCUCAGAUGGCAUUGUUAACCGCACUGCUUGUGCUCACUGGUCGGGAAAUUGUUGCUUAUGGUCAACGACGGUCUUUAUUAAGGCUUGUCUUGGUGGAUACCAUGUCUACAAAUUGAACAGAACACCAGUCUGCCACCUGACCUAUUGUACAGAUCCGUCCACUGUCAGCGACUCCCCCACAUGUGCAGCAGACGAAGUGAAGAAAUCUAUUAAUGGAACAUAUCAAUGUCAAUGCAAAGAUGAAUAUAAGGUGUCUGCUCUUUCAGAGAUUCGUCCCACUUUGACAUGCGAGAAUCAGGCUGUAAGAGCGACAUUUCAGAAAUGCCAGCUGAAAACACUGAACAUUGAUGUCCAAAGUAUUAAUCUGAAAAACAGCAGGUGUUUUCUUUAUAAGGAAGAUAAUACUACAAAUACCAUUUCUAUCCUAUCGCCUCUCCAAAUGGACAGAUGUGGGAUGCAGUUGAUAAGAAAUGACACUCAUGUUACCUAUACAAACACUCUCUACCUCUCCAUGGAAUCGGGGGAUCUCAUCAUAAGGAAUGAGGAACUGGUUGUAAAACUGUCAUGCACAUACCAGCUUAAUAUGCAAGUCAGUCUGAACACAGUCCUGCAUCCAUUUGUCAGUUCCACAAAUAUCAGCAUUGGAGGAACAGGACAAUUCACGGCAUACAUGGCUCUUUACAAAGACAAUGGUUACCUUUCUGUAUAUGAAGGAGCAGAAGUCUUGCUAUCAUCCAGCUCUAUUCUUUAUAUCGGGGUAUUUCUGGAUGGUGUUGAUCUGUCUCAAUAUGCCGUGGUGAUGGGGAACUGCUACGCUACUCCAUCAAGCAAUGCUGAUGAUCCUAUGAAAUACUAUAUUAUACAGAACAGCUGCCCCAACAGACAGGAUCCAUCUAUAACUGUAAUGGAGAAUGGAGCCUCUAGCAAAGGCCGCUUUUCUGUGCAGAUGUUCAAAUUUAUUGGUGAUCACAACCUUGUUUACCUGUACUGCCAGAUACAUCUGUGUGAUCUGAAGUCUGGAUCCUGUGCUCCCGUCUGCUCUGGAAUUAGAUCUCUGUCUCUUGGUGACUCUGACUAUUCUUUGUCAGUGGGUCCAAUUAAACGUCAAGAUCAUCUGAUAUCUGGUACAGAUGUAACACGUGCUCCAUGGAUCCUGCUUUUAUCUGCUCUCCUGCUUUUGGCAAAUACGCUGAUUGUGUAGCAUGUGCUUAACCUCGUUUCGCAAUCAAAAUGUAUAUUCAAGGAAUACAGAAUUAUAUCAGAGAUUGCAUUGAUUUUUGUUAUUGUAAACAGCAAUCAGUGAACUAUCCGGACAUGAAGUGCACUUAAUAUUUGAAAAUAAAACACAUUAUCUAACCUUU